AUGAAAUGCAAUUUUGAAAGAUUUCCUCGGUGGUCCCCUGAAAUAAAGGAAUUUUUUUCAAAUUUUUUGAAACAGAUGCAGCUUCCUUCUGAAAUUCACCGUACGCUUAGAAUCGUACGGUAUGUUGCUUUUUGCAAGGCUUCCGAAUAUAGGACCUUCCUUCAUUAUGCAAGUGUUGUGGUUCUGAAGGACUUUUAUGAUGCGCAAGGCUAUAGUCACUUCCUGCUCUAUUUUUGCGGUGUUACGAUUUUGUCAUCAUCGUACUACCAGCACCUUUGGACCCGUGUGAAAGACUUCCUUUCCCGAUUUGUUAAGGAUUUCGGCACAUAUUAUGGUCGUACCCACAUGACCAACAAUGUCCAUAAUCUCCAACACGUGUUUGGAGAGGUUGCAAUGUUUGGACCGCUUGAUAACUUUUCUGCAUAUUGCUUCGAAAGCCAUUUACAGCAGAUCAAACGUUGGGUUAGAUCUGGCAAGAAGUUUGCGGAGCAAGUGGCAGGUAGAUCAAGUGAAAUUGCCACCAUCUACAUGACUGCCAAUUUAAUUGCUCCGAAAUAUCCAUAUUUGAAGACAAACGGUAUUGGUUUACACGUGGCCGCCGAUUUUGUCCUACUACCAAAUUUCAAAGACCAGUUUUUUCUAUUAAAAAAUGAUGAUGUAGUUAAAUUUUUGGAUGUAAAAGCCUCAUCAUUAUUCUCUAUCACUAUAGUUGGGGUCCGGUUUUUGUUCAAAAUGGCGCUUUUCGAAUUAAAUUUUGAAGAUAACUCUAUCGCAAAGACAUCUUCAACUGACUUAAAUAUUUAUAAAAUUAUCGAAAAUUCGCCAACUAGGCACAUGGAAGUAUCCUGGACUGGAAUCAAGUGUAAGCUGGUUCGAGUCAAGUUACCUUCGCGAUCUCUCACCCAUCCUCAUGAUGCUUCCAUCACAACUCCGGAUCGAGGUGGCAGUAUGAUUUCGUGGGACGACCUCUUUUAA